AUGGAGAUGGCCCGAAAGUUAGGGGCUAGAUCGAUAAAAGUCUAUAACGACUCGCAGCUGAUAGUAAACCAGGUAUGGGGAAGCUACGAGGUCAAAGAGGGGACGCUAAGAAGGUACGUGGUCAAGACACGCGAGCUGAAGGGCCUGUUCGAGCAGUUCGCGCUUGAGCAGAUUCCGCGAAGCCAGAACAAGAGAGUUGACGCCCUGUCUAAACUGGCCUCUACCUCGGUUGGCAUCUUAAGUCGGGAAAUACUGGUGGAGGUCGUCAGAAGUCGGGCCCAUGAACCGUUCAACACUGCGGUUAUUCAGGUGGUGAGCUCGUGGAUGGAUCCCAUUGUCCAGUACCUGGCUCAAGGGGAGCUCCCACCGAGCAGGGUAGAGGCCCGCAAAGUCCUCCUUAAGUCGCAAAAGUACGUGCUCACGCAUGAAGUCCUAUACAGGAAAUCCUACAUGCAGCCCUGGUUGAAGUGUGUAACGCCCGAGGAAGGGAGCUAUGUCUUGCGCGAGUUGCAUGAAAGCAUCUGCGGCAAUCACGUUGGUCCAAGAGUAUUGGCCAAGAAGGAAAUGCUGGCUGGAUACUAUUGGCCCACCAUCUUCAGGGACUCGGCCGAACUGAUAGCUCGGUGUGGCUACGAACAUUUGGUGGUAGCCAUUGAUUACUUCACUAAAUGGGUAGAGGCCGAGCCCCUCAACACAAUUAGUAGCAGGUCGAUCCAGAAAUUCCUUUGGAAAAGCAUAGUCUACCGAUUUGGCAUACCAAAGGCUCUCGUCUCGGACAACGGCAGGCAGUUCGCUGACCACUCUCUCCAGGAAUGGUGCACGGAGCUCGGCAUCCAGCAGCACUUCACUUCAGUGGGGCACCCCCAAACCAAUGGGCAGGUCGAGAAUGUUAACAGAACCAUCCUGCACGGCCUGAAGACAAGAAUAGAGUCUGCCCGAACUAAUUGGCUGGAGGAGUUGCCUACUAUACUAUGGGCUUACCGGACAACGCCUCGGACGGCCACCCAAGAGACCCCGUUCGUCCUGACAUAUGGGGUCGAAGCAGUAAUCUCAGCAGAAAUUGGAGUACCCUCGGGUAGGGUGCAACACUUUGUGGCUCAGAAUAAUGAGGAGGAGAUACGGCUUAGUUUGGACCUGCUCGAGCAUCGAAGGGAAGAGGCGGCUAUAAGAAUGGCUAAGUAUAAGGGACAGGUCGCACGCUACUACAAUGCCAGGGUAAGACACCUUUCUUUCAAGCCAGGGGACCUGAUAUUACGCAAGAACUCUGUGAGCCGAGCUGUGGGCGCGAGUAAGUUAGACCCAAAUUGGGAAGGUCCCUACGUGGUAAGGGAAGCUGACCGGGCAGGUUAUUGUAAACUAACUCGCCUGGAUGGAGGCGAAGUCCCGCGCACCUGGCACAACUCAAAUUUAAGACUUUUUCUUUAG